AUAUAAAGUCCUUAUAAUGAGCAUAUAAAGAUCAAGACGCAUCUUCACAGUAAAUUACUUCAUAACUGUCACCAUGAGGCUUUUAGCUGCGGUUUUAUUUGCUGCUCUACUAUCGUGUGCUGUUGCAAAACCAAUCAAACCAGAGUGCGAAGCUUUAUUAGCACAGAAUCUAACGUUGGCCAAUUUGGAUACAGGCAUCUACUUUUAUGAUGAUUUUAGUGGAUGGAUGUCUUUUGAUGCCACAUUUGAGUACUGCUCCAACCGUGGCCUAGAGAUGGUCACUGCAAACAGUCUGCUUGAAAUACAAAAUUUGUGGAACAUGACCAAAGGAACCAUCUGGACCUCUGGCCAGUGGGUUUAUGACAGCGCAAAGCCACCCGGUGACUUCCGUUGGGUAGGUGGUGCUGUCAUUCCCCUUAAUUCUGAACUUUGGGCACCGGGGGAGCCUGACACUUACCUCGAAGGCAGGCACUGCUGCGUUCAAUGCAACUCGGGCAGACUCCACGACGCCAAAUGUAGCGACUGGUACGCGCCUGUGUGUGAAAUUCCAACAACAUGUUACAAAUAAAAACUUUUUAUUUUGAAUAAAAUUUAAAUUUGAUACUUAACAAAAGAAAAUUAAUCA